UGGAAGUGUUGGAUGUCCACGCCACUGCUGUUAGUGGCCGGACUGCCCCAUGAUCCAUGGUGGCCAUCUGAGAAGAAGAGAAAAAAAGAUGGAAGCGUGGGUAUCAAGCUGGGAGAGGCUCCAGCAUGUCCUAGUGAGGAUAAGGCGUACAAAAAAUGGAUGGAUGGAUGAAUUUUCUAAUUCAAGCACGAUGUUGGAUAGUCUCGAAUACAAAAACCAGUCCAAAUUCCAGCAAAAGACACCAACAGUCUGUCAAAAAACCUUGUAAAAUCACAGGUUGCUCACCCACAGCUGAACCAUGAAUGAGAGUUUUAGUAGGGAAGAGGUGAAUGCAAAGUGAGGGGUGAAAGGUCGACUGUGAUUGUAGCAGAAAGACAGUCAGGCAGCACAGAAAGUGAUUGAACUCUCUUCUGUACUCAUCAUGGACUCAUUCCCCUGUGCUGUGCUCCUCUUCUCUCUGCUAUGUUCAGCCGCUGCUCAAGGUCUUGUGGUCUCAGUGGAGCCCCAGACUACUACAGUGCGCGAAGGGGAUUCGGUCAGCCUCAGGUGCCAAGUGGGGAGCGGUGCACAUUCAACCCAGCUGCAGUGGAGGAAAGCCAAUAAUCAAGCCUUAGCAGACAAUGUUAAGAUUGGCCCCAAUGGUGUGGUGCUGACGGUUGCCAAUGCUCGACCUGCUAACCAGGGCGAGUACCAGUGUGUGGCGUCCAGCUCUGCAGGUUCCAGCACUGCUUCAGCACAGCUCAACAUCAAAUAUCCUCCCAAAGUGCGCCUGUCACCAACCGGGCCACUGAAGGUCAAAAUCGGUGACCGAGUAUCAGUGCAGUGUCGGGCCACAGGCAGGCCACGGCCCAAGAUAAGCUGGAGACGCCAAGGCUCCUCUCUGCAGCUGCUUUCUGAGGAGAUAGAUGGUGUCAACACCGUACAAUGGACUGUAGUCCGUCCAGAGGACUCAGGUGUGUAUAUUUGCCAAGCUGAGAACAAUGUGGGGGUGACAGAGGCCAAAGUGGAGGUCAUCAUAGGAGGGGGACCUGGUGCACCCAUGGCAUCAGUGAGUCAUAAAGAAAUGACAGUGGUGGAGGGUCAUUCUGUCACUAUCAGCUGUCAGGCUACUGGUUCUCCAACCCCUGUUAUCACAUGGUCCAAGCUGAGAGCCCCGUUGCCAUGGAAACAUACAGUAGCCGGUGGUGUCCUGACACUGACCAGUGUGGGGCGCCAGGACUCCGGCCAAUACAUCUGUAACGCUACCAACAUACACGGCUUCAGCGAGACGUACACGCAGAUGGAGGUGGAGAGCCCUCCUUAUGCCACCUCUCUGCCCGAGCAGGUGAAGCUCCGACCCGGUGAUGCUCUUUCGCUGCGUUGUCUGGCCCAUGGCUCCCAUCCUAUUCAGUUUGAAUGGAGCCGGGUGGGCAGAGGCAACCUGCCUGCUGGAAGUCAGACCACCAACGACGGACAGCUUGUCAUAGCUCAUGUUAAAAUGACUGACGGUGGAACAUACAAGUGUGUGGCCACCAACCACAUUGGCUCCAGUGAGGCACUGGCCAAAGUCAUUGUUAAAGGUCAGUGAAAUGUCUGCAGUGUUCCCGCAAGCCUGAAUUCUGACAUCAAAUGGAAAGUAUUAAGUUGUUACUAUGCAUAUGGCGCUAAACUGAAACCUUUCAAUUAGUAGAUGUAUUCAAGGAUUUGGAAUGUAUUUUUUUAAAAAUCACUUUUCUGGCAGAGGAGAUGACAAACUUCUAUUUUAAUGUUUUUCCUAUCCCAGAUUUGAAUAGGGAUUUCAAAACACAAAUGGAAAAUGUUCUCUGUAUUUCAAGGCGUAAUCUACUUAAUUUGGUACUCCAUCAUCUACAUGAAACACUGUAGGACUCUUAUUACAAUUAGGAGGGAAUGGACCAUGAUCCAUAAUGUUUAGUUUUUGUUUUCUGCUAUUGGUAAGCAUUUGUUAUGCAAGGAACCACAUUUAGUCAAUUUAAAAGCUGUUUAAAGUGCAUGCCCCAUUACUGUAAGAUAUUGAAUUUAAAUAUCUUAUUUUAAGAUAGAUAAUUAAAUCAAAUAUUACACUAAUCAUAAUGCCCAAUUUUUUUACUGUCUCAAUAGGGCCUUUCUGUGCUUCAUAACUGGCUUUUAAUUAGGUUUAAACUGCUUCCAGUAAAACAAAACAAAACAAAACAAGACAAAAAAGUUGUCAGGAACUAAUGUGGUAAAGAAAGAUGAAAAUGCAGGUGUUGCAAUGGACACGCACUCUUAUUUCCUUGAAAUUAUUCAUUUGGUGCUGAUAAGUUUGUGUUAAAGCAUGAACAUGUAUUGCCAAGUAUUAAUAAAGUCCCCUAAUAGAUAAACUGGUGUAUUAUUUUGUUGUGCCACACCUUUAAAUCUAAACUCUUAUGCUUAUUGGACAUUCUGCAAAUGCUUUAUGUUAGCUUUUCAACCACCAAGGGGCGACACACACAUUGCUGUGAGGCGUUCAUGGACUCAACCACAAGGAGGACGCAUGCAGAUUUAAAGUAACACUAAGCAGGCCCAAAAAUGGCAUGUAAAUUCGACACACCACAGAGAAGAGUAAUGUUAACAAGCCUGUCAAAUUUGAAUGGAUUAAAAAAAGAAAUAAAUCACUAAGUAUAUAAAAUCAAACGGUGAAAAAGAUGCUUAAGCUAUAGCUCAAGAAUUCAGCAAUAUAUUAUAAGUCUUUGCAUAUGUUUUCAGCACUUCAAACAUAUUGAAUGUAUUUAGAAACAAAACACAUAUAUCUGCUUAGAGCCCCUUGAAGUGAUUACACCUCACUCUGACAAUGAAGAAAGAAAGAAAUACUGAGCAAGCUAUUUCACUAGGUGUUUCAAUAUAAAAAAGUCACCGUCACUUAGCUGGCAAAAUUCUGAUGAAGCACAUUGUUGCAAAACUCAGAUCCCAGAGAGCUGUGAUGUUACAUGAGAAGAUUCAAAUCAGUCCUGUCUUAAUAAAGUGUUAGCUUGCCAUUUAGGGCUUGUGGUUGUGGCAGUAAAAUGAAAAGAAAGCUGACAUUUCCAGUACUUGAGCCUGAGUGCUGCCUGAAUCGGGCCUCUCUUGUAAAAUCCACCACUUCUGCUCAAAGAGGCAGGCUUUACCAUUCUCCUCGUCCUCCUUCCAUCUUUACAAGCAUCUUCAAAGCUUGAGGGAGAAACAUGCGCCCCGUCACCUCAGCCAACCCCCCACUUCACAGACACUCACCAAAGAGGCCAGUGGGGAAAAGUAAAUAUUUGUCUUAAAAAAAGAUUAUACAAUUAUAUAUAUCCGGAAGAGGGGAAAUUGUGCAUUCUUUUUCUGUUGUGAAUACUAUGUGCCGAUAAUCUUUCUAAAGGAGUUUAAUACAAAAAAAGUUCUAACAGUCGCAUCAAUCUUACAAUACCAGACAUAUUUCUUCAAAGGAAUUACAGUUACAAAAAGUCUGAAUUCUACAUUCAUGCCAGACAGCUCUUGGUUUAGCUUUGAGAUGAGAGCAGAGAGGAAAAGGCAGUCAGUCGUUUGCUGUAGAACAAAUGAUUUGAGAGCUUCCUCAAACAGGAAGUUAUAGGUGGGGGUGGGGGUAGGGUGGGGGAGGCAAGUCUGUGUGCCUUGGCUCCCACCUGAACUUGGUUAGCCUGCCGCAGUCAGAUGUGGAGCUGCUGGGUAUUGUGUUGGCUGCAAAGCACAUACAGUAGCACCACACACUUACAUCUUCUGACAGCAAAAAGGGAGAGAUCACUCAAACAGCCACAAAUGCAUUUUAGAGACUAAUUUAGUUUUUCAAUUUUUUUGCUAUGGUUUGAUGCCAGUUUCUCUCUUGCUUUUUUAUAUUUGUCUGGUGGAUGUAAUGGUAGAGUGGCAGUGGGUGGGGACAUGGCAUAAUCAUGUCUUCACCCAGCUGUGGUUGGCAUGAAAGCACAGUCAGCUGCGUCAGGCUCGAAAUCCCCAUUGCAACUUGUUGGUGGGCAGUGGCCUCAUAAACCAAAGUACAAGUCACAGUGUGUACUGUUAAGCCCCAGACUAUUCAUACGAUGGGUGGUCCAAUGAUUCCCGACCAUUGUACCGCAGCACAUUUAUUCAAGUGUUAGGCUUCAAUGAGAGAUUUUGAGGUGUGCUGCAGAAAAUAAUAGAAUUUCAUUAAUUGGUGCAAUUUUUUUUAAAUUAAUUACAAAUACAGGAUAUCCUUGGUCAUGUAUCUAUGCCAGUGACGUGUCGUGACAGGCAGAACAAUGAAAUGCUCUUCCACUAGAUGGCAGAAGGUACAAUUAACCUGUGUAUCCUUGCAUUUCCAAACAUUCAAGAUAAUAACUAAAAACAAUGGUAAUAACUAAUUAGGCUCAGAUUAGACAGAGCAAAGUAAAUUUAUGGCUAAAUUGAAACAAGAUCAGCAUGAAUUCAUUAUAUAUCCUUUUUGUGACAUUUUUGUUUUGUGUUGUGUCGUGAUUUUUUCCCAAUGUAAAAUAUGCCCUGCCGUGGCUCAAUAAACAUUUAACACUG